UGUCCAGGUCUCCCUUGCAAAAGAGAUCUUGAUUUCAAUGGGACUAACCUGGUUAAAUAAAGGUUAAAUAAGAGCUGUCAAUCAUUAUCACUAAGAUGAAGUUAACAGACAUUCACCAACUUUUACAACACCAAAUUAAUCAUCAGAGUGGAGGUUUGUAUAUUUUUGACCCUGUGUUGAUUAAAAAAAAAAUAUUAUAAAAUGUUUUGCAAGUCAGCUGACCAACAUGACCAGAAGUUUCCCAUCAUGCCUUUCUACACUGAUGCUUUGACUUUAUUUUUGCACUGAGAAAAUAACUGUACAACCUUCACAUUUUCAGUUUCUGUGUCUGUUGCUUUAAAUGAAAAGAAUCUGCCAUUGACCACACCUCCUUUUCCUCUCUCCCUGCCUCCUGGCAGAGUUAUGCCUACAGAAACCAGAACGUUUUGCUUUUUGGUUUUGAGUCUGCAAGAUAGUUUAAGAUUAAUGGUAGCUGUAUAAGAAAGUCCAACCACCUAAAAGUUUAUACAAAAGAACAAAACAAAACACUUUUUAAAAAAUAUGUCUCCUUUAAAGACGUUUAGUAAAGUGGAAUUUAACACUAUAAUUACUGGUUGUGUUCUGUGUAAUCUGUGGACUUUAGUGUUUGUGAACUUGGCAGGUACAGACAGGUAUAGUUCAUGCUCCGCCCAUGCAGCUCACCUUGGGUAAUAUUGCCAUGGUUACGGGGCAGGGCCCUCUGUGCCACGCCUCUGCUUUGAGUCAGAUUGUAAAGUCAGAAAGAGUUCCCGUGACAUCAGCAGGCGUGAGGCAGCGUGUUUGCUGUUUGUCCUGAAACGAUCUGACUGGUUCAGGGAUCACAAGCAAAAGGAAGUCACCAACUGGACAAAAUGGAGUCCAGAGAGAAAGGUCGAGAAGAGGGGUCACCCAUACCCGGGCCUGGAGUCAUCCACAAAGACUCACUUAAACCUGGGUCUGUUGUCAUCCAGGAAGAUGCACCCAAACCUGAAUGUGGUGUCAUCCAGGAAGAUGCACCCAAACCUGAAUGUGGUGUCAUCCACAAAGACUCACCCAAUCCCAUGUCUGGUGUCAUCCAGGAAGACUCACCCAAUCCCAUGUCUGGUGUCAUCCAGGAAGACUCACCCAAACCCGACUCUGGUGUCAACUACGAAGACUUAACCAAACUCGGGUCAGGAUUCGUCCACGAAAACUCACCCAAACCCAAGUCUGGAAUCAUCCAUGAAGGCUGUUCCAAACCUGGGUCUGUAUCCAUCCACGAAGAUUCACCCAAACCCAGUUCAGAAUUCAUCCAUGAAGGCUCAUCCAAGUCCAGGUCUGGAGUCACCUAUGAAGGCUUACCCAUACCUGGGUCAGGAUUCAUCCACGAAGACUCAUCAAAACCUGUGUCUGGAGUCGUCCAUGAAGGCUUGCCCAAACCUGGGUCAGGAUUCAUCCAAGAAGGCUCACCCAAAACAAGGUCACUGCAUCAGCACGAUGACACUCAGAACAUCAAAGCCACAAAAACUACUGCAGCUGAUCUGAUUACUACCUCCAGUACCACAACACCUCAGCAAGAAUCAGCCCAAAAGGAGUGUGGAAAACCUGCUGAGUCAUCCUUGCUGAGUCAGUGCACCUCUAUAUCACCAACAGGGGGUGACAAUCACAAUGAAUCUCCACCAAAGAAGAAGUCAUCAACGGCAACCGACGACAGACCAGUUCCACCUAACAGCCUGCCACUGUCGGGGUCGCGACCCAGGAAGAAGAAGGUUCUGGUGGCUCCAGCGCUCAGUCUGUCUCUGGGGCGCAGUGACUCUACGCUUUCCGAUGACUUCACCUCGGCCUUCCUCUCCCCGUCCACUGACGACGAUGAUGACAUGGGACUGGAGUUUGACCUGGAUGCCAUGGAAACGCCCUCUGACAGCGAGUCCCUCCCAUUCCCCAACUAUGACCUGGAUUUGGAAGAUGAACUGCAUCGUCUAGGUGUGGCAUCUCACCGCAGAGCGCCUGGAUCCAGUUCCAGAUUUGGUUCUGGUUCUGGUUCCACACCAGCAAUGGAGCAAGGCGAGCCAAGCUGUCUGGAGCAGGAGGACACGGUGGAUGAAUAUGGUACUAGGUGGCGCUGUUUCUCCACAGGCGAGCCGCCGCAGGACAGCAGGGUGAACAUGAGUGUCCUGGAGCCCUACCUCAGGGUGCUGUCCCACGGAGGUUACUAUGGAGACGGUAUGAAUGACAUCAUUGUGUUUUCUUCCUGUUACCUGCCGGAGAACCGCCUGGAAAAUUAUCCGUUUGUGAUGGACAGUCUGUUCAGGUAUGUGGUGGGAACUCUGGACCUGAUGGUAGCCAAAGACUAUGUGAUCGUGUACCUGUGUGCUGGAGGACAGCGGGACAAACUGCCAGGAAUCAGCUGGCUGCGAGACUGUUACACCACCAUCGACAGGAAGCUGAGGAAGAAUCUGAAGGGUUUCUACGUCGUUCACCCGACCUGGUACAUUAAAGCUCUGAUCACCAUCAUCAAACCCUUCAUCAGCUCUAAAUUCAGCAAGAAGCUGCAGUUCGUCGACAGUCUCCAGCAUCUCUCACACUUCAUACCGACGGAGUACGUGCAGAUUCCAGACUGCGUCAAACGAUAUGACCGGCACCUGUCGAGGUGAAAGUCUGAAUGUGUGCAGGAGGCCUGGAUCCACCAGAACUUGUCAGAUGUCCUCAACGUAUUUUUCCCUGGUAGUUUGGUAACUUUACAGAACUGGUGCUCUUUUGGAUGUCCAGCAGGUGGCAACACAGUGCCUUUCAUGGGUUUCUGCAGCAGUGACAUCAUACUGAUGAUGUCAUCAGUUGACUGACUUUAUAUAAACGCAAUCCUUUAAAGGUUUUAUUAAACUGUCCUGACGUUUCAUUGCCAGA